CCGUCACCAUCCGCAAUGCCGCUGUCACGUGACGGAGGAGGCUCCGGCCUGCCGCUCCUCCAGACCGGCCGACACAGCUGUUGCGCGCCACCACGCGGCUGGCAGGUGGACGGGAGCGACGGCCCGCCUCCUCCUCAGCGCCACCCUCCCUACGGCUCCGCGGGAGGUGUCGGGUGCGGAGAGGAGAAAGAGCGCCGGGGAAGCGACUUUGGCUUUCGGUUUCGUCCGCCGGAGAAGACGAAAAGGCGGAGGGUCGAGGUUAACCCGUCGUUUCCGGUCGCCGUCGACGUCGAGAUUAAGGAUCGGAACGAAACGUCCGCCGCCGCCGGCGACGCCGGCGCAUCUGCCGCCGCGCCGAACGGUCACGUGGUGGAAGCAGGGCGCAGACUCGACCCUUCGGCGCUUGCGCGCGCAGUGGGCCGAGGAGGAGAAGAAAAGCCCGGACGCCUCUCGCGCCGGUCACCAGACAACGGCGGCGAUGGCCAUCGAUCGGGUGGAACUCGUUGUUCCGAUGAUCCAUUGGCAGGAAAAGCUUGGAGCGUGUAUUUGGUGGAUGGACCUAAACUGGGACCUGCCGUAUUGGAAAUCAGGCCUGGGCCCACUUAUGCCGGAGAAGGGCUGACAGUCAAAGUACAAUUGGAAGUAACCGGAACAGAAAAAGGGGUUCGACUUCGUCUCUUCGUCACUUGGGAGAUGGACGAACGAUGCUCGGCUAGAGAAAUCGUAGAGGUGACAGAAAAGGGACUUUCCGGCUUGGCUUGGACCGCGAAGAUACCCUCUCCCGGGACGCACGUGAUAGGUGUGGUCGUCGACGCGGGAGAGGGCGUGGUGUCCGCUCGACGCCGAGUGACGGUGUCCCCGCCAAUCCCGUCCGGCCUGAAGGUGACCUUGCAUCCCGAGGUGAAGGAAACGCCCACCUGCGUACCUUCCCAUCUUCCCCCGGGUCACGUGACCGUGUACACCGGAAGAAAAGCGCGCCUGGUGGCGUCGGUGGAGACGGGAUGCGAUCCGACUUUCUCUUGGCGCGUGGACGAAGAGGACCCGUGGGAGAGCGGACCCUUCCCCGGCGGAUCUGGAUUGUCCCUUCGGAGGAGCGUCUUGGAACACACCUUUGGUCGGGAAGGAGUACAUCGAGUUUCUGUCAACGUCAGCAACCUGCACGGAUGGGUCCAUCGAUCGAUCUCUGUGGUGGCCGUCGACUAUCGGAUGUCGGAUGCCGUCCUCAGAUCGCGCAACGGACAUCGUCACCCCAGCGACAGUCGAGUGACGUUCCUGUUGACCGUCUUCACCACGCACCACGUGGCCACUCGUCUGUUGCUGCGACCGGGCGAUGGCACCCAGUUACGUCACACGCUACAAGUGGGAGCCGACGACAGGGAUGUUUCCGUACGUCACGAUCGACGUUGUCGCCUGUCGGCCGAAAUACACCACACUUAUAACGAAGAGGGAGAGUUUCAUCCCCUGGCUCUAGUGGAUGACGGGACGGUUCGAAUCGAAGCUCGAACCUCUCGCGUGUUGAAGGUGUGCCACAGACUGGACCACGGAACUUUGUCGGGCAAAGGUGUAAUUCCUACCGGGUCGUCGUUGAAACUAGCUCUACACCUGAAUACCCGCAGCCUGUGUGACAUCAGAGUGGACUGGAGGUUGCUGGAAAGUAAUCGCACCGUUCUGUUCUCGAAGAAUCGGAAGAUCGAGUGGUCUCCGAGAAUUCGGCGAGCGGGAACCUACACGGUGGUGUCCACGGCUAAAAAUCCCGUGGGAAACGUCACCUUUCGUCACGAGGUUAAAGUUCAGGACCCCGUACGACGUCUGAGCAUUCGAGGAAUCGGUUCUUAUUAUCCUACUGGGAUACCUUUUCGACUGGUUGCGGUAAUCGGAGGGGGCAGCCACGUUACCUGCGGCUGGUCGACGGGUUCCCACUCGGAUUGGCACAAAUGGGAGGGUCACGGGGGUUGUAGGGCCAUCUGGACUUUCUACAAAGCGGGAAACAAGAAGAUCGAAUUGGAAGCGGGCAAUCUGGUGGGACGCAAAAAGACCGGAGGGAGGAUAACGGUGGUGGAACCCAUUCACGGUGUCUACGUGUCUCUGGAAGAUCCCGCCUCUUCGAAGAGACCCUUACGAAUCGAAGUAUUAGUUCUGAAGGGCAGUCACCUAAAUGUUACCUUCGACGGAGGGAUGGUCACUCGAGUUGGACGCGGACGGUUCUUGCUGACCGGAUCCGAACCUUCUCCGGGAAGACACAUUCUAGAUCUGGUAUUAUCCAAUCCCGUGGGAGAACAUCGCACGCGGGUGGAAAUGAGGACUCGUUCUCCCUUAUCCGAGGAUCUACGCCCCACCAUCCUUCUCCAAUCUGCAUAUCGUGACUCGGCCACCUACCGCGUUGAUUUUUCAGGUUCUUCUACCGAGAAGCUGUUGUACCGCUGGAAGGCACCCUGCUGCCAACCACUAUACACCAGCUUGCCUAUAGUGGACUGGAAGUGGACCCGGCACGUGCAGCUGACCGUCGUCAAUGCGAUUUCUUCCGUGACGGUGGAGGCAGCAAUUCCAGAACCAGAGACCCGAAUUCCUACUCUUCUUCACUCGUCGGUGGUCGAAGUCGGACGUCCGAUCAACUUUUCCUUACAGAAUCUAGAACCCGAUCCGUAUCGACGAAUCGACGUCACGUAUUCCGGAGACGGAUGGACGGACGAACGUACUUUUUCGUCCAAUGCCGGUCCAGAAAGUUGGACUCACAUCUUUCAUCGUGCCGGUUGGGUAGACAUCCGAGUGACCCAGUUUUCGGACAGACUUUGGAUAUCGAACUUUACUUUGUCUUCUCGGCUGAAUGUCCAGUAUCCUCUCGGCAAGAUCCACGUGUUAGGACCGAGAUUGGUUCCUUAUCUUGACAGGUUUGCCAUCUUGGGAUGUUGGAGAGCCGCCAUCUCCCCCGAAUCCGAUAUCGGGGUGGUUUACGCCUGGAAGGUCGAAGACGAGUGGAAAAUUACCGCCGAGAGCGAGGUUUCCCUGUCGCUAUCACGUCCUGGAAGUCACGUGAUUGAAGUUAAAGCCUGGAACGGUGUUAGUCGGCUGGCAACACUUCUGACGGUCAUCGCUGUUCCGGUGGUGACGGAAGUAAGUCUGCGAGUGCUUCCGGUACACGUGGGUAGAGUGUCCGAGUUUCGUAUUUCUUACGUCGGAAGUUCUAGCUGCAAUGUUUCGGUCUCUUUCGGUGACGGAUCUUGGAGAACAAUUUACUACUUCCGCUCCGAUCGAAGUCAACCUGGCCUCUUCACCCUUCCGGUUCUACAUAAAUACGGCAGGAAAGGCGACUAUCCCGUGGUUGUCAAUGUUUCUAAUCAGAUCAGCUGGAUGACUACUCGGCGAAUGGCCCACGUGGGAGAAUUGAUAAGCGGCGUGAUUUUGACCUUACUCACCCCUUCUCCCGUUCCUCUGACGGUCGACGUGGGUUUGGUUGUGGUUCGAGCCACCGUUGCCUCCGGAACCGAUCUGAAAUUUAAAUGGGAAUUUCGAGAUAACGAUGGAGACAAAUAUACCUCCGUAGAAAGCAACGAAACGGUCAGUGUGGCUCGUCACGGUUACGGUAUUGCCGAGACUUACAAUGUCAGCGUCGAGGUAUCCAAUCCCUUUGGUAAAGUGGUCGCCUAUCUGGAUGCACCCGUGCGGGUGGUGGAGCCCAUCAGGCAACUUCGGCUUCGUCCGGUGGGCGACAUCUGGGCGGCGCCCCUGCUUGUCGGCGGAUCCGAACCGCCCAUUACCCCUCCGGUCACCUUUGAGGCCCAGGUCUACUGGGGAUCCGACGUGGAGUUCCUCUUCGACUUUGGCGACGGAAACGGGACCUCUGUUCCCGCCCAGCUGGGUACCCUUUCUCUCCGGCCCACAGCCCAGUGCACUCAUUACUACCGAAGAGAAAAAGCUUACACAGUUAAAGUAACUGCCAGCAAUCCCUUAGGGAGCGUCAGCAUGACAUUACCAGAUUUAUUUUAUGUCCAGAUUCCUCCGAAAGGGUUAGAAUUAAACAGAAAGUAUUACAUAACUGUUCUGGGAGAACCCAUUGUCCUUGGAGCGACUGUUACUGCCGGAACGAAUGUCUCCUAUGACUGGUAUCUGGGAGAUAAUAUCGUCUACUCCAAAAGGGGUCCAGAAAUUGUAUUGAAUUUUGAUAAGAUAGGAAAAUAUAAUGUCACCGUUCAAGCGUAUAACAAAGUGACGAAUUUGUCUCCUAACAUCGAUCAUCUCUUUGCUUCCACUAAUGUAUAUGUUCAGGAACCUCUUCAAGGUGUUGAAAUCUGCAUCAUGAUAAAGGAAGAGAUUAUCUGUGAGGGAAAUAAUGUCAGUCUACCUUCCGAUGAAGAAGUGACAAUGGUGGCUCAUGUUCUGCCUUCUGACGAAACUGCUCUCAAAUUCUUAUGGGAUUUAGGACUCGGAGAACUGAGAAAAACGAAUAGUCCAUCCUUACGCUACAAUUAUCGUGAACCUGGGAUAUAUGUUGCCAACAUUACAGCCCUGAAUCAUGUCAGCAUGGUGUUAUCGGGACAGAUUGUGAUACACGUGGUUCAGAAAGUGGGAAAUUUGACUUCGAUUCGUCAUUCCGGUUCGAUAUUAGUGAAUCGCACAACCAUUUUCCAUGCACAAUAUUGGUUUGGCACAAAUUUGACCUUCGAGUGGGAUUUUGGUGAUGGAACCAAAAAAUUGAUAACUAGUUCUGAUAAAGUUCAACACACUUAUACAAGUGUUGGAGAAUAUUGGAUGACCGUCAUUGCUCACAACAAAUAUAGCUGUGCCAGCCUAAAGACCAACGUUUUUGUCCUGUACCAGUUUUGCCAAAAGCCACAGAUCAAAUUCAUAGAUCAAACUAUAGAAAAGAAGAUUCAAUACAAUCAUGACAUCAUGCUGGAAGUUGACCUGACCACGUCUUGUGAAUUAAGUAAUGAUGUUCUUUAUUUCUGGAAAGUUUUUGAUGAGAGACAGAAGGAAAUGAAUUUUUCUGAAGAAAUUACAACUCAGAGACAACUUAUAAUUCCUAAGGAAAUUUUACCAAUUGGAAAAUAUAUUAUAGAAUUAAAGAAAGGUGUUGAAAUCUGCAUCAUGAUAAAGGAAGAGAUUAUCUGUGAGGGAAAUAAUGUCAGUCUACCUUCCGAUGAAGAAGUGACAAUGGUGGCUCAUGUUCUGCCUUCUGACGAAACUGCUCUCAAAUUCUUAUGGGAUUUAGGACUCGGAGAACUGAGAAAAACGAAUAGUCCAUCCUUACGCUACAAUUAUCGUGAACCUGGGAUAUAUGUUGCCAACAUUACAGCCCUGAAUCAUGUCAGCAUGGUGUUAUCGGGACAGAUUGUGAUACACGUGGUUCAGAAAGUGGGAAAUUUGACUUCGAUUCGUCAUUCCGGUUCGAUAUUAGUGAAUCGCACAACCAUUUUCCAUGCACAAUAUUGGUUUGGCACAAAUUUGACCUUCGAGUGGGAUUUUGGUGAUGGAACCAAAAAAUUGAUAACUAGUUCUGAUAAAGUUCAACACACUUAUACAAGUGUUGGAGAAUAUUGGAUGACCGUCAUUGCUCACAACAAAUAUAGCUGUGCCAGCCUAAAGACCAACGUUUUUGUCCUGUACCAGUUUUGCCAAAAGCCACAGAUCAAAUUCAUAGAUCAAACUAUAGAAAAGAAGAUUCAAUACAAUCAUGACAUCAUGCUGGAAGUUGACCUGACCACGUCUUGUGAAUUAAGUAAUGAUGUUCUUUAUUUCUGGAAAGUUUUUGAUGAGAGACAGAAGGAAAUGAAUUUUUCUGAAGAAAUUACAACUCAGAGACAACUUAUAAUUCCUAAGGAAAUUUUACCAAUUGGAAAAUAUAUUAUAGAAUUAAAGGUUCAAAUGAAUAGAACAAUGGUUUAUGCAAUAGAGACAACAGAGAUUACCAUCGUUCCAUCAAAUAUAAUAGCCAUAUGGGAAGGAGGUAUUUUGAGACAAGUUGGAUUUGAGGAUGAUAUCACUCUGAACAUAAUCAGCAAUGUUAAUUUAGAAGAAACUAACUGCAGUUUAAAUUGGUACUGUACAAGUUUUCCAUUUAACCAUCAACAAUGUUUUAAAAAUGGCUCGUCAUCUGGGACAAUAACCAGAUUUUUUCCAUCUAUUAAUUUUCAUGUCGGAUUGUUAAAUUUGAAAUUGUCUGCUGUCAGUUUUAAGUUAAACAUUUAUCAUGAUAGAAAGUUGCAAGCUUCGAUGUUGCAAGAGCUAGAGAUAACAGAGAAAUCUCACAUGCUGCCGAUUUUGAUUAAAAGAUACAAUCACUUCAGUCAUGUGGUCAGGCAGGACACAAGACUUAUAUUUUUAGCUAUCUGCAAGGGAUGCAGAGACGUGAAAUUAGAAUUUCAGUGGAAACUGUGGCUCGUGCAAGAUGGAAAUCAUAAUCUUUAUAUUAGUGAACAUAAUUGUGUCCAGGCCGAUGGCUCGACCUUCUUUAUUCAUGCCGACAACAUCACAACGGCAAAGCCAAUGAAUCCUACUGGACACUGGACAUUAGAGUCAACAAACAGUAAGGAAGAGUCUUGUAAUGUUAAUAAUUCAUUCCGUUAUUUCUUUCAGGUUCAAAUGAAUAGAACAAUGGUUUAUGCAAUAGAGACAACAGAGAUUACCAUCGUUCCAUCAAAUAUAAUAGCCAUAUGGGAAGGAGGUAUUUUGAGACAAGUUGGAUUUGAGGAUGAUAUCACUCUGAACAUAAUCAGCAAUGUUAAUUUAGAAGAAACUAACUGCAGUUUAAAUUGGUACUGUACAAGUUUUCCAUUUAACCAUCAACAAUGUUUUAAAAAUGGCUCGUCAUCUGGGACAAUAACCAGAUUUUUUCCAUCUAUUAAUUUUCAUGUCGGAUUGUUAAAUUUGAAAUUGUCUGCUGUCAGUUUUAAGUUAAACAUUUAUCAUGAUAGAAAGUUGCAAGCUUCGACGUUGCAAGAGCUAGAGAUAACAGAGAAAUCUCACAUGCUGCCGAUUUUGAUUAAAAGAUACAAUCACUUCAGUCAUGUGGUCAGGCAGGACACAAGACUUAUAUUUUUAGCUAUCUGCAAGGGAUGCAGAGACGUGAAAUUAGAAUUUCAGUGGAAACUGUGGCUCGUGCAAGAUGGAAAUCAUAAUCUUUAUAUUAGUGAACAUAAUUGUGUCCAGGCCGAUGGCUCGACCUUCUUUAUUCAUGCCGACAACAUCACAACGGCAAAGCCAAUGAAUCCUACUGGACACUGGACAUUAGAGUCAACAAACAGUAAGGAAGAUAAUUUGGAAGAAGAGUUUCCUCCAUUUCCAAAAUUUCCCGGUCUUCCAGAAGUCAAGAAAUGGCAGUCGUUUGUCGAAAACACAGAUCGUAAGAAGAGAGAAACAUUUCAGCAGACUGGUGAUGAUUUUGAGGAAAAGGACGAAGCAACGAACCCUCCAUUUUUCCCGUUUCCUCCCGUAGAGGGUGAUGUCACAUAUGAAGCCAGUCAUUUGCAUCUACCAGAAGAAUUUGCUGCACAGGAGCUCAUUUCUGAUUCAUUUUAUCCUUUUGAAGAAGGAAAUCCUGGGGAGGGUGGAAGUGCCUUUGCACGAGAACAUAAUCUUCAGCAACUGGAAAAAAGUGAAGAAAAAAUUUUGGAAGAAAUUGGGAAGGGACGAUACGGAACGAUCAAAAAUAACCAAAAUGAUGAUGAUUACAAUGGUGAAUUCAAUUUGCCAGACGACAUUGGUCACGCUGCCGUUGAUGGUAGGUAUCCCAGCACGGCUCCCCAUGUAAUUCGCCGACCAAGGAUACCCUUAUCUUCGGAGUCAAAUUUGGUGUCUCCAGAAUAUUUUAUCUUAGAACCAAGGAGUUUGAAGAUUGGAAGCACGUAUAUUGUUGAAGCUACAGUUACCAGCAAAGAUAAUCCAGAGUUAAUGGGGAAAGCAAUGGAUUAUGUCAUUGUUAACAUUGGCCCGACCAACGGUCGCUGCACUCUGAUUCCUCUAGAAGGGAGAGAGUUUGCGACUUGGUUUCGCCUACACUGUAUGGAAUGGAGGACGGAAUACCAUCCCCUUUGGUAUGAACUGCAUUACACCCAGAUACCCAAUGCAACCGGACAUCUGGUAUAUGUUGGGCUUAAUGGAAAUGCAAAAUUUACGCUUCCUGCUGGCCUGCCCGAAUACAAUCACAAUGUGUAUGUGGACGUUGUGGUUAGAGAUGGCAGUGGAUCUGGCACGAGAGUUUGCUCAAUAGUUAGAAAAGUCUAUCCGGAAUGGGAAGACUCUGAAGAUUUGAAAUUAUUUAUUGUUAACGAAACUACAAGUUCUCAGUCGUCAUUCAACAAAAUGCUCGGUGAAAAAAAUUAUCAAGGAUUAUUACAUCAGAUACACGUUUGGGUAACUGGACUCAAUCGUGUCGAUGCUAACUUUACAAAAAGAAAAAGACGAGAGACAAAUCGAGACAAUCUCAGACAAGAGUUGAUAAAUUUGAUCGGCAGUUUAAAGCUGAACACUUUGGCAGAAGCACAUCAAGCUCUACAAGCUCUCCUUCCUUUACUUGAUGCACCUUCACAGAUUUUAGUGAAAGAUCUUACUACGAGUUUUGAGCUGAUUCAAAAAUUUAAUGAAAGAAAAAGUCUUCACAUAAAUUUUCCCGUUAAAACUUUCCAAGAAUCUUUACUAAGAGUCACUUCGCAGAUCAUUUAUUUGUCUUCGAUUCUUCUUGAAGAUGCAGAACUAGCAAAAGACAUAACAUUGAAAUCUCUUCUUGAGAAGAGUAUAAUCAUUAUGAGAAAUGCCAUUAAGAAAAAUGCUUCCUCUCUCAUUCCGAAUGAUAGACCUUAUGUGUUCGAAACAUCUCACGUGGUCUUCUUCUAUAGUCGCAUUGCCACUGAUAAUCCUGAGCCGAUUAUAAAAUUUGGAGAGAAUGAAAUUAUUUUGGGUCGACAGAUGUAUUUAGACUUGUUUAAUGUUUCGGAUAGGGAUAAUUUACUUUCUUGCAGGAAAAGUUAUCCCUUUAUUUGUGACUGUGUAGAGAUUAUGGCCGAAUCUUUUGCUAAUGGUCUUUAUGUAAAUGGCAACAAUUGGAUCAAUACAGGAAUAUCGAGCAAAUGGAAUGGUGGAAUUUCAAGCGUGAAUUUUCAUUCUUGUGACGUGCAAGAUCACGUACACGUAACAAAUCCAAACGUUGAAUUUCAUUUAAAAAGAUUAAAGAUGAAUUUGGGAAAAGAAUACACUCUUUCAAAGGAUAACAUUCAUAUUCAUCAACUGAAUCUUACUAAAGAUCAAGUUAAUAAAUCACUGAUUAUAUCACUUGAUAUUCAGGAUUUUGAAAAGAAGCAUUUGUUUCCUCUCUGCUUGUUAUUUAGUUCGAAACAACCUCCACAACCCACCAAGUAUAUGAAGAAAGUAUCGUCAAAACAUCAUGAAAAGACUAUGAAGUUAUUUAUUCCAAACUAUUUAGUGAAAGAACCAGGAUUGUACUAUUUGACAGUGUUAGACGGACAUUUCUCUAAGCAUUCACGGCAAAAUAUUGAUUUUUCACCCAUAACCUACACGUUGCAGACGUGGUUAGAACAGUGUGUAAGUUGGGAUGGACACCGACAGCAUUGGUCUUCGGACAGGUGCAUUGUUUUAGAAACAACAAACAUCGAUAGUGUUCACUGCAGUUGCAAGAGCAUUGGUCCGACAAGUUACUAUACAUGGAACUUGGCAACAAAUCUGGAGAUAGCUUCCGUCGAUAAAUUUCUCAGUUCUAUGAUCCAUUUACUUCCUGUGAUAUUUAUCAUUUUCACAUAUGUGCUAAUACUAAUAAUCUGCCAUUUUUAUGGUGCACAUGACAGGAAAAGAGCACCAUUAAUUGAUUUGAAAGAUAACAGUCACAAAUAUGGAUAUUUAAUGAUCAUCGAAACUGGAUUUUAUUGGAAUGCUGGAACAACAGCAAUGGUGUGCGUCGUAUUACAUGGAGAAAAUGGAAUGUCUGAGACCACGUCUUUAGUGAACAGGGACUCGAAUCACGCACUCUUUCGACGAGGUUCCAUUAAUACAUUUUACAUAAGCACUCAAUCAAAUCUAGGUAAUUUAUGGAAAUUACAAAUUUGGCAUAACAAUGGUGGAGCAUCACCUUCCUGGUUUCUGAAAAAUAUUAUGGUAUUCGAUAUGCAUACGGGCAAAUCAUAUUAUUUUGAAUGUGAGCAGUGGUUAUCUGUGGAAGAAGAAGAUGGACAGAUAGAGAAAGAACUACCACUAAAUGAAAUAUCAUGGAAUUUAUCAAAGGUCUAUCGUGAGACUUUUAUUCAUUAUCUUUGUGAUUAUCAUCUGUGGAGUUCCGUCUGUUUAAAACCUCCUUAUUCUUCAUUUAGCAGAGCUCAGAGACUGACUUGUUGUUUCUCAUUAAUUGUGUCCUCAGCUGCACUGAUUGCAGUUUGGUAUAAAUAUCAACAUUUUCAGUAUUAUGUUGAAUACGGAUUACCGGAUUCCUCUUGGCAAACUUUGGCGGUGGGAAUUAUUAGCGGCUUAUUUGUAAUGGUGCCGCAUCAGUUCAUUUCUGCUCUGUUUCGUAACAGUCAAGCCUCACAGAUGACACUGUUCAAGUAUUUUAGGCCAAUCUGCUCUGACUGGUCUUGGAAAUCUCUUUAUUGUAGUUAUCAGCAGAAAGAAGCAAAUUCAACAGAGGCUUCCAGUGAAUCGUUUUCCACAUCAAACAGUAGAAGUAUUUACACAGCUGAUUCCCUCAGUCACUUUGAAGAAUCUCUUGAUUCUGAUGACGAUUCUUCCAGAGAACAAUUUUUAUUAAUGGAUGGUAAUAAUGCAGAUCUAUACAAUCUCUAUAACAAGAAUCAAUAUAGACGUCAUUCUUGGGACAGUUACGAUGACAUUGGGAAUUCAAUAGAAGAAGAACUUUUUAAUUCUUAUAAAAAGAGAGAGUAUCAAUCUGAAGCUAAUGAAAGAAUUAAAAGUGCUAGAAGAAAAGAAAUGAAUUGUUCUGAACAAACUUCCAGCGGAUUUGAAGACUGGCCGGAUAAAACAGUGGAAGAUGCCAAUUACGAAGAAUUCUAUCACCCCGGAACGAUACCUCUUCCUCUGUUGUCAAGAAUGCAGAAAAUAGUGUUACCCUGUUGGGUUCAAACUGUGGCUUGGAUAUUUUUGUUGACUAUUGCUUCUUUUUCUACUUAUAUAACUAUGAGUUAUGUGUAUAGAUUUGGUGAUCAUUAUUUCAAUUGCUGGCUUCAGUCCUUAUUUUAUAACAUUCUAGCUUCUGUCUUUCUGCUUCAUCCUCUUUGGAUCUCGCUUCUUUCGAUUCCGGUUUCGAUUAGGACAUGGCUGCUUGGGGACAAGGAGAGUUUUAUUUCGCUGCGGGUAAAUGUCUCUCUUAUCGAAGAAAUUGUCAGAGUGGAUUAUCAGUUAAAGAACAGUCCCGAAUACUUCGGAGGAGAGGAAGAAAAGUUGAUGAAGCGACAGAGGGCUCGGUAUCUGAGAUAUUUGAGACCUCCUCCCGAACAGACGCUGAUUGAAGCUCGACGAAAGGCUCUCGAGACAAAAUUUGUCCUGAAAAGUAUCAAAAGUAUUUGCUUAUCGUUAAUGACGAUCGUCUUGCUAAUCGUCAUUGCAUUUGGAAACGAUACAAAUCAUUACUAUCGUCAGAAUGUGUCUAUUCAGAAUGCAUUUCUCAGGGCAUCGAAAAACUCUUUCUUCAAUAUCAGAUCUCAUAGUGCUUGGUGGAAAUGGAUACAAAAUGAUUUUCUGGAUGGUUUUUAUGGUGUAGAAAAUUCUAAUGGUGUACUUCAGCAGAGAACAGAGUUUGACUCGUUACUAUCUACCGGUUGUAUUCCAGUCGGAACAGUUAGUAUAAGGCAGCACAGAGUCACUUCGCAGCCAUGUCUCGAAUUAUAUCAUUAUUUUUCUUCUGAGAAAUGUUUUCCGAGUUACUCUAAACAUUAUGGGUACAUCGGAAGUAAUAAAACUCUAGGCUUCGAUAAUCCUUGGAUGGAUAAAUCAGUAUGGGGAAGACACGGGCUGUACAUUGGUGACGGCGAAGCAAUAAUAUUAGGAAAAACUAGCAGAAAAGCUGCAUUGGAUGAAUUGGAAAGACUUCAAAGUAAAAACUGGGUGAAUAAUAGUAGUCGAGCAUUAAUUGUUGAAUUUCUAUUGUACAACCCAACUUUAUCACUGUAUAUACCGGUAUCGAUACUGACAGAAUUUACUGCUGUAGGGAGUGUAGAGGGGAGCUUCUCCGCUCUACCGUGCCAUCUGUAUCGUUAUUCCACCACGGCAGAUAGUGUAAUACUUGCUUCUCAAUUCAUUUUUUUAAUCUUAAUCCUGUGGAUGGUAAAAGAAGAAGUGUGGAAGAUGUGGAAAAUUGGUCAUUCAUACUGGUUGUCACCCUGGAAGUAUCUUCAAGCAUCCUUUUGUUUACUGAGUUUAAGCUAUCUAUCUUGCCACGUGUACAGAAGUGUUUUAGUUACCGCAGCAAUUCAAAAUCAACAAUUUCCAGUCUUUGUUUCUCACAUUAGUGAAGUUGCUUAUUGGGACCAAAUUUUGAAUGGACAACUGGGCGUCUUAAUUUUUAUUUACGCACUCAGUCGUUUGAAGUUGCUCAACAUCUCCGUCAAGACAAAACAGUUCCUUCAAGUGUUUAAGUUUAUUCAGAAAGAAACAUUAAUGGCAGUGUUGCUGUCGGCAUUGCUUCUGGUAGGAUUUGCCCACAUUGGAAAUUUGGCAUUUGGCAGCGACGAAUUCAACUUUAAGAGUCCCGUCUUUCAAGCCUGGCGAGCACUCAGGUCCACGUUGCGUCAGUCGCCGGUCACCCGUUAUCCAGACUCUGCCUCUUACGGGGCUGAAGUUUACGCCGUAGUUCUGUUAUUCGGAAUGCUGGGGUGGUUGGCACUAGGAAUGGCCAUGAUCAAGGCCGUGAUGAUGAGAAGUAAACGUCAGAUCCGUCCAAAGAGGGAAAAGGGCCUGGAGGCGGGAGAAGCCGCGAGGCUAAUUCUUCGGUCUCUCGGAAUGGCAAAGAAAGAAAGAAAGGAUUCCCAGUGUAGAGAGAAGAGUUCGCCACCUGCAGAAUUAUUACUGAUGGAACUGGAGACGUUAGUGGAUGAUAUAUUCGUCUAUGCUAACAAACUGUUUUCCGACAUCGACACGCACGACGACUACAUCCAGCUAGAAGAAAAGGUUCCCGUAGAUGUGGAAAACUCCAAAGAGUGUCAUCGGGUGGUUGCAGAAUUACAUCAUUGUUCCACAGAAAAUUCUUUAGACAAAGACGAAGAUCGACAGUGCGGAUAUCAGUCCACAAAUGGGUCGGACAACGAAACAGUCGACAGUUGCCAGUAAAAGAUUCUUCAAAUAAUUCCGUACGUCGAACGGAUUCAAGUGUUCUGGCAAAAAAAUCCAUUUGUAUUUUGCUCAUUAUUUGAAAUCUUGGCAGCCAUUUUGUAACAAAGAAUUUACCAGUGCAAUAUUUUUUAUAACUUUUAGAAUAGAUUUUAAAUUUAUAUAUAUAUAUAUUUAUAAAUACACAAUAUAUGUUUUGUAUUUGUUACAGUAGUUUGUUACUUAGUUUUGUGUAAAAUAUUUUUAAGUGCCAAGUUUUUACACUGUAUUUUAUAUAAAGAGAAUUUAAUAGUAGUUGCUAUACCAAAGGAUUUUAUAUAAAAUAAAAUGUUUUUUAAUUUUAUUUUUCCUUAAA